UCAUUGCUGCCGUUAUUAUCGCCAUUAGCACCACUGAUCCGGUCGCCUCCACCACCGCUGACGCUGCAAUCCCAUCUAUAGCAAUGCGUCGUUCCUCGUUUACGCCUGUCUUCAGUUUGAACACUCAGGAGCCGCUCAUCGUAGUAGAAGAAACAAACACCGCCGAUGAUGGCGAAGUGGUGGAGGGUGCAGCUGGUGGUGUUGAUACCGCAGGAGCCACACGAAAAUCUACUAGCGACGAUUCGGAUCCCGACUCGCCUGUCAAUCCGUAUUUGUUAUGCCCAUUUCCGGAUAUGCAACAGCGACGCAAACAUUCAUUGCCAUCGCUACAGAUCACCGAAGGUAUAACGGCCAGUCAAGUGCGACGACUGUCAGAGGUGGGUGGCGAAAAUGGUGGACUUAGCCCUAAAGAAGUGGAAUUUCUGGCAACAUUGUCACAGAAAGCAAAUCCCGCAGCGGGUGGCAGACGGCAUUCGGUUGUCACAAUUUCCGCCGUACCACCAACGUUAUUUGGACGCAAUCGACGAGAAUCGCUAACAGGCUUGCCACUCAGCAGUGGCAGCCGGCGCGGCAGCAUUAUUCAAGGGCCACCACUUACCGACCAUCGAGGCAGUAUCCACAACUUGCAACUUGACAUCAUGGAUGGCAUAGUGCAGACGCGCAAACGUGCCGGCAGUGGUGUGUGGACGGCACCAGUACUGCAAGAGACCGAAAAUAAUGUGCCAGUGCAAACAUAAAUCAUAACAACGUCCCCCUAUCCAACCAAUCGGCCCACGACCAUCAUACUCAAAACUAGCAACAGCAUCGACAUUAAUGGCAGUAGCAAUAAUGAUGAGAACAAGAACAAGAGGAAGAAGAAGAAGGAGAAGAAGAAUGACUGUCAAAUUAGCACCAAUAAAAUUAAGCAAAAAACUAGCAGCAAGAAUAGCGCGGGCACUUUGGAUGGGGCGACGGCUGAAACACCAACAGCAGCAACUACAUCGACAACGACUACGGCAAAUGGCAAUGAGCGAUCAACAUCAUGGCAUAGCAAUUUAGUUUCACGUUUUGGCGCGUUGCUUUGUUGGCAAUCGCUGGACUGUUGAACAAACGAGUGGCUUGAGUGACUCCAACUGGGCAGAAUUGAAAUCGUAUUGCGGUGAGAAAAGUAGCACCAAAUAUGUGUGUGUGUGUGUGUGAUGGUUGGUCUUUGGUCAACUGACCACCACAAAUAGCAACAGGAAAUGUGCACAGUGCACAGCGAGCGUGAGCAAUACGGAGUAGCUCAAUUUGGUCGUCCAAUGCGAAAACAAUCAUAAACUUUCCGCUUUCGCAAAUUACACAGUUGGAAAAAUUGCAAUAAAGGUGAGUUACAAAGACAUCGAUUUACCAGCUUUACAAGCAUGCGCGCAAUGUCAAUAAUAUUGACGUUAUACUCGUAUAACAAUGCCGAAGGUCAGUCGAAGGGGGGGACGUUGGAUAGAAGAAUGAAAGUUCCAAGCUUCUGUAUUCACUGGCUUUCUUAAAAGGAAGCAUAACAUGAAAGGCGGUAGAUAUUAACAACUUCAAAAGUACGUUGAAACUUCGCAUGAGAGAUUGUAAGCAUUCACGGGCUGUUUAAGGAUUUCAGCACAGAGAAUAAAAAAGGUAACUUUUACGAGUAUUGAAAACUUGGAUACUUAUUUAUACUUAAACAACUUUUGUAGAAUGUUGUAUGAUAUCUUCUUGAAUAUAGGUAAGUUUGUGGCCAUUGUGUCUGUGUGGUUAGUGGUGCGUACUAACACUCUGUAGGACCUGGGUUCGAUCCUUGGUUCAGGUAAUACCUAAAAUUAGAAAACGUUUUUUUCUUAACAGCGGUCGCCCCUCGGCAGGCAAUGACAAACCUCCUUGUGUACUUCUGUGCUAUGAAAAAGGUUCUCAUAAAAUCAAUUUGCCGUUCGGAGUCGGCG